GUUUGAGAGAUACAGAGACAGAGUCCAGACUGAGUCAAUAGUGUUUUGAAAUAAACCCUAACAAAGACAGAAGAUAGAAGCGCCUCUCUCUCUCUGUCUGUCUCUCGCUCUCACUGCCUCCAGACUACCAAACAAUGUUCUUGUCUCUUACAGCAUAAAUACCAUAUUCAUGUUAAGAUGUCUAAGUGGGCUGAUCUUCCGGAUCUUAUCCUCUCCGAAAUAAUGCGAAGAUUAUCUUUCUAUAAUGAUUUUGUCAUCUUUGGUGCCAUAUGCUAGUCAUGGCGAAGUGUUUAUUCAUUGGAAAACCCACCAUUAUCUCCUCGAUGUCCUUGGCUUAUGCUUGCAGAAGAAAAGGAACAAAAAAGUCAUACGCGUGUCUUUGUCAACUUAUUCGAUAAUAAAGUUUACAACUUCAAGUUGCCUGAGCUUGUUGGAAAAAAAUGUAUUGGAACAUCUUUUGGAUGGUUGCUUAGUGUAGGCACUGAUUUCCAGGUCAAUCUCUUUCAUCCUCUGUCUAAACACCUAUUAAGUCUUCCUCAACCUCUUUUUUGGAAUGAAGAUGGCAAUUCUAAACUUGACCAUUUAGAUUACGGAGAUAUGUUUUUUGAGAAGUGUGUUUUGUCAAGGAAUCCAUGGAACUUAGUAACUCAUGAAUAUGAUUGUGAUUGCAUAAUCAUGGUUAUCUAUGGUAAUGGUAGAAGUUUGGCCUUCACUAGACCAGGAUAUAAAGCUUGGAUUGAUAUACCUAGUCAUUCUGGAUCUAUUUCUGACAUUGCAUUUUACAAGGGAAAAUUUUAUGCUGUGAACUGUCAUGGUGAGGCUUUUGUUUGUCACACGGAUGAUGAUAUUCCAUUCAUUGAAUCUAUUGCGCCACGUCCACCGGCAACCGAGGAAAUUAUCCAAAUGUAUAUUGUUGAAUCAUCUGGAGAUCUUUUGGUUGUUUCACGCUUUCGAGGAGGUCAUUUUUUCCUGGAAGAUGAUACUGAGGAUGAAGACUCUGAAGAUGAUAUUGAGGAUGAGAACAUUCAUGAAAGUGAAGGGGAAAGUGAAGGUGAAGAUGAAGAAGAAGAAGAAGAAAAAAGCAAUGAUAAUCCCUAUGUGACAAUUGGGUUCACAAUUCUAAAAUUAGAAUGUUCUACAAAAGUGAGAAGCAAAUAUAAAUACAAGUGGGUGAAGGUUGACAGCUUGGGUGAUCAAGCAUUGUUUGUGGGUGACAAUUCAUCAGUGUCUUUGUCUGCAUCAAGUUUCAAUGGAUGCAAAGCUAAUUCUAUCUAUUAUACUGAUGACUAUGUUGAAGUUUUUCCUUUCACCUUAAAUGGUGGAGGGUACGACAUGGGUGUAUUUAGCGUGGAAGAUGGCGAAUAUAAGCACCAUUAUGAAGGCGAAUCCCUUUCUUACUUCUCUACCCCACUCUGGUACAUUUAACUUUCAUCUACACAAUGCACAUGCUGAUUUAAAUAAUUGAAGCUAGUGAAUAUGUGUAAUGAUUAUUAAUCAGAUUAUUGAAUAAUAAUUAUUUUUUUAUAAGAAAAUUGAAUUGCUAUAAUUUAUAAGUUAUCCCUCUUUAUUUGUUUCAUGAUA